UUUCAACCCGUCCAGUUGGUGGCGGCAACACACCUUUUGGGGUUGUAGUCCGCGAUAAAACCCACAGAAGAAGAAGGACGACGUGACGUCACUGUUUACAUCUAAAGGCCCUUUCUCUUCCUCAUAGUGUGAGGAAAAAGAGCUACCAAAAAUGACAACAGCCGCGAGACCAACGUUUGAGCCAGCGAGAGGAGGGAGAGGGAAGGGAGAGGGCGAUCUCAGUGCCUUGUCCAAACAGUACUCAAGCCGAGAUCUGCCUGGUCACACAAAGAUCAAAUACAGACAGCCCACCCAGGAUGCCCCCGAGGAGGUGCGUGCCCGUGACUUCCGCAGAGAGCUGGAGGAGAGGGAGCGUGUUGCUGUCCGGGAGAAGACCAGAGAGAGGGGACCUAGAGAACACACCACAUCUUCAUCCUCGUCCUCAAAGAGGCCCAGACUAGAUCAGAUUCCUGCUGCCAACCUUGAUGCAGACGACCCCCUCACUGAUGAUGAUGAGGAAGAUGAUGACUCUGAGGACAGUGAUGAUGAUGACACUGCAGCUCUGCUGGCUGAACUGGAAAAGAUCAAGAAGGAGCGGGCUGAGGAGCAGGAACGCAAGGAGCGGGAGCAGAAAGCUGAGGAGGAGAGGAUCCGCAUGGAGAACAUCCUGAGUGGGAAUCCUCUGCUCAACCUGGCAGGACAGCAGCAGCAGCAGCAGCAACAGAUAGUCCCCACCCCGACUGCCUUCAGCGUCAAGCGGAGGUGGGACGAUGAUGUAGUGUUCAAGAACUGUGCAAAGGGAGUGGAUGAGGCACGCAGGGAGAAACGCUUCGUCAACGACACUCUGCGCUCCGAGUUCCACAAGAAAUUCAUGGAGAAAUAUGUGAAGUAGAACUUACAACUCUGCUUUGAAGGUGUUUCAUUUCACUCGGCUCUGCUCUGUUUCCAGUUCAUCAGACUGAUAGGGAUUCGUCUGAAAUCAUUGAAUGAACCUGAAGAAUGGAGGGACCCCCACGUACCGAAUCCUCUGUAUAUAAAUGAAUCUAAUGCUUGACAUAAACAGAUUAACUAAUUUUGUUUAGUGUUAACAUUUAUCCUUGAAAUUAAUGGUUGCAAUUGCGACAUCGUCAACUUUUUGUUAUUUUGCUUUUAGCCUUUUUUUUAAGCGAUGUUAAUAAAACAAUAAAUAAAACCUGUCUGUGA